UCUCUCUCUCUCUCUCUCUCUCUCUGUUUUCUUGCAUCUCUUGCAUUUCAAUCAUGAGUGAGAAGCGGAGCAAAAGGAAGAAAAACCCAUCAACAAUGGCCACCAUUAAAACCACUACAACAGCUCGCAAAAGAACCAUAACCAGAAGGCAACAACAUAUAGAAGAUAUACGGAAGCACAAGUUCUCAAUCGGAGAAGAAGAACAACCUCCAAACCCAUUAACCAAGGACCUCCACCACGCCGUCACCAAUCUCUCCGCCGAGCUCUACACCAAAGACCUCCAUUUCCUCAUGGAACUCAUUCAGAAUGCGGAAGACAAUGAGUACUUGCCUGGGGUUGAGCCAACGCUGGAGUUUGUGGUUACUAGUGUGGACAUAACUGGGUUUGGUGCUCCAGCAACUCUCUUGGUUUUUAACAAUGAGAUUGGGUUCUCUGCGAAGAAUAUGGAGUCUAUUUGCAGCGUUGGUCGGUCCACUAAGAAGGGUCUCAGGGACAAAGGCUUUAUUGGUGAAAAAGGUUUGAUAUGCUGAGAGCUUUUGAUCCCUUGUUUAUUGUCCGUGUUUCUUUUUGUUUCAUUAAUUUCUAGGUUCUGUUACCCUCGGUUUGUUACUAUUCUGUUUGGUUGAUCAGAAAAGAAAACCAAAGAAAAGAGAACAACUUAAAAAGAAAGAAAGUUUGGGACUCAUUUUUCUUUUGGGGAAAAAUAAAUUAGAAAACAUGUCCUGAGGUAACCAAAAGCGGGAUAGUAAAGAUUUGUGGAGUUCUCUUCAUUUUUUUCUACCAAACAGAUAAUUGAAUCUGUUCACCUGGUGUUU